AGGAUUCUGGCCGCUGGAGGCUGUCUCCUCGUAUCUCUGACAGUACUGGCCGCAAUCCUCGUUCUGCACCGCCGGAAGGCCUGGGAAACGCUAUCGAAACGGCUCUUCAUAGCAUACGUCGUAUUCACCGCCGUCAGUGCUGUUUGUUGCUCUGGGAGGGAUCGAUUACUCUCACACAUCCCUGGAAAGUUCUGACACAAAUAACAGCUCCGGUUCCUGCUUGGAGUUGGCUCUGGCACUUCACUUCACCGGGGGUCUCGCUUCGAUGUCGUACUGGUCUUGGGCACUCUCCUUCCUCCUCCACGUAACUCUGCCGGUGAUUGAAUCAAGCCCCAGGCCCAAACUGAACCAGUUGCUAGCUGUUGGAAAGAAAAGAGGUGCUCGGAUUGCAAUCGAAGUUUCAAUCUUCGCUGUGAUUAUACUGGUUCCUGCAAUAGUGACUUCCUGGGAACCGUUGGCUCUUGCUGAUACGCCUGAUUACGGAUCCAACGGGCUUUGGUGCGACUACCAGCAUCACUCUGUGUUCAACUGCUCUGAGAAAGCCCCGUACUACAAUACUGAGCUGUUGGUAGUCAUAUUGCUCUGUGGAUUGCGGAUCAAGUUCAAAAACACCAUGAUAGGGAAGCGUAUCCUCACCAGUCUACCUAGUGUCAUAUUUCUCCUUGUCGGACAAUCGGCAAUUUUACUGUUGUUAGUAAUCUUUCUCACUGCUACCGUUUUGGCU